CUCAACCUAAGCAUGCAUUUCCGAGACAAGUCCAAUCGAGAAAAGUUCUUUGUGACUUAUGCUGAGAAGCCAAAUCAGUGGCGUCGCGUAACGGUUUCUUUGGAUUAUCGGAACGCACCACCCGACUCCCUUGAAGCAGAUCUGAGCACGCUUUCUUAUCAGCACGACAAGAGCAUACGCAUUUACGAAGCCAUCCGGCAUUCUUGGCCUGAGAUCCAGUACUAUCCGACCGUGACUAACCUCAAGCUUGAGACGACACAGGAUGAUGGUCAGCUGCAUGUGCAUGUGCGCGAGGAUGCGAAUGAAAUCAUCAACUACCCAUCAAGAUCACUCUUUGAUCAUGUGGCGUGCCCCAGGUUUAGUGAGAGCCAGUUGGAAUUCAUUUCGCAUCUGUCGGGCUUCGUCUACAAGGUACGCUUAAAUGGACACGUCGUGAUCAAGAAGGAGAUUCCUGGUCCAGACACGAUAGAUGAGUUUCUGUACGAAGUCAACGCGCUCGACUCGCUGCAGGAAAGCAGACACGUUGUGCGGCUUGCGGGCUUGGUCAUGGACGACCGAGGCGAGCUCGUGAAAGGUCUUCUUCUCUCCUACGCUUCCAAGGGCGCGCUUGUGGAUAUGAUUUAUGAUUUCCGAGGCUCAGACAUGCUUUCUUGGGAGCGUCGUGAGAAGUGGGCGAAGCAGAUUGUGAGCGGUCUCUCUGACAUACACGAGGCCGGUUUCGUUCAGGGGGAUUUCACUUUGUCGAACAUUGUGAUUGAUGAGGAUGACAAUGCGCAGAUUAUUGACAUCAAUC